AUGGACCCCUCACUUGUUGCUGACAUCCCACUUACCCAAACAUUUCACUAUCGUACUACUACUCAUCACUACGACGUGCGCUGGACUGCAAUAGGUGACGCUUCCCUGCCACCAUUGAUCUUCGUGCAUGGCACCCCGUGGUCUUCGCGAGUGUGGCACGUCUUUGCAAGAUCCCUGGCUAGAUAUUUCCAUGUCUAUCUCUUUGACAACCCGGGAUUCGGCGAGAGUCCACUGGGAACUCCUCUCCCAGGGAAAGAGGAAGCCAUUAGCAAAGAAGUCGCCCUAGAUGCGGAUCUCGCACAGCAGUCGGAGGUGUUUGCUGCCCUUUACCAAUCUUGGUCGAAGGACUGGCCUCGGGCGCAUAAGAAGGCACAUGUUGUUGCCCAUGAUCACGGGGGGCUGAUGAGCUUACGGGCGCAUCUCAUCCAUUCCUGCGAGUUUGCCAGUCUGUGCUUGAUUAAUGUGGUUGCUUUGGGGCCAUUCGGGCAGCCUCUGUUCAAAUCGGUGGCGGAAAAUGAAGACGUCUUUACCAGUUUGACCGGGCCCGAUGUUCGAAGGAAUGGCAGAAAAGGAUUCAUUAGACAGAUGGCGCAAGCCAAUAGUCGCAGUACAGAGGCAGUCGAGGGGAGAUACUCCGAAGUGGGCCAGGUGAUGCCUGUCAGGAUUAUCUGGGGGACAGAAGACCAAUGGAUCCCGGUGGAGACGGCAGAGAGACUAAGAGCGAAGUUGAAUGCCAGGGAGGUAGUGCUGAUCGAAGGAGCAGGGCAUCUUGUCAUGUAUGAUCAGGAGGGAAGGUUAGGAAUGGAAUUGGGAUGGUGGUUGAGCGCGCUCAGAGAAGCAGUUGAAGUUACGGAGUUCGGGUCACGUGACCUCAACUACUAG